CUUUCCCGCUCCAUUUAUUGGCUCUGAAUAGUUGCUGGCAAAAGAUGCUUGAGAAACUUUCACUUAUUUGGUUGCGCAAGAUUGAUGUAGAACAUGGAUGUAAUCAACUUACCUGCAGUAGUCUUGGCUGUCAGCACUCCCGAUCGAGGCAAUGUAUUUUGCAUCCUGGAUGAAUUGCAAUAUAUAGGCACUCUCUUUGCACUGCGUUGUCAUUUGCUUCACUACAUACCCAUUGUUCUUCAUCUACACCCUCUAAAAAAUGCAUGUCGAGAGCCAGUUGCCUCAAACCACCCAUCCAAUAAUAGAUCAUUCAAGUCUUGGUACGGUUUUAUUUGGAAAUGCUUAUGGAGACUCUUCGGCCACUGAAUAUAAAGAAAUUGCUCUUUCAAUAUGGCAGUUCAGUGGGAUAAAAUAUGGCAAAAUUCCCGCGAGGUUCAUGCAAGCGGAAUUAAAUGAAGAGUUUGAAGACAUGACAGAAUGUUAUCAUUAUGGGUAUCAAAUCGAUCAUCCCUACAUCAAUCGAAUAGGUCAACAUCUCUAACUUUGAAUCAGUCCAAAAUGCCCUCAGGUGAAAAUGCCAGUUCGUAUGGAGGAUGGAUUGAUUGGUCUCCCUAAAGAAGUAGCAAGUCAUGCAGAGGAUGUUUUUGAUGAAUUCAACUGCCUCAAUCUGAAUAUCACUACUCCGGAUGGCUCGAACGAAAAUUCCGAAUUACCAGUUAUGGUUUAUAUUCAUGGUGGCGGAGGUUGGAGUGGAGCUAAUUCGGAUUGGUGGUGUGAUGGGAGAAGUAUCGUUAAACAAAGCAUCAAGAUAGGAAAACCUAUUGUCCACGUUGCUAUCAAGUGAGCUUGCAAUCUCUAUUUAAUCAAUCAGGAGAGGCUUCAUACUCACAUGGGUGUAGUUAUCGGCUUGGUCCUUUUGGCUAUAUGGGCUCCGAAGAGCUAAGGAAAGAGCUUGGGGUGGUCCAUGGCGGGAAUUAUGGUAAUGCCAUGCUUAUUUCCAGCACUCUAUGUAAAUUUAACUGACGAAUAAAGGCCUUCGCGACAUAGUAAACGCCCGACUUCUUCUUAUUCCUUCAUGCUAACAUUCAUUAGCACCUUGCCCUAACUUGGCUCUCCAAGUAUAGCAGGCCCUUCGGUGGCUCACCUUCUAAUUUAACCAUCUAUGGCGAAUCAGCCGGCUCCUUAGCUGUCGAAUCUCAAAUCCACUGUCUACUUCCUCCUCACUUCCAUCGAGCAAUCAUGCAAAGUCAAACAAUGGGACAACCACUAUUCUCCGUCCCUCAGUGUAUUGAUCAAAAGUCACAAUUGUACAACAAGACGAAAGAAAAAUUAGGACUUACGAGUGUGAAAGAAAUGCAGGAAGUCAAUUGUGAGAAAUUAAUGGAGGCUUACAGGGCAGUAGAUGCGAGAGCUGGCCUAGGUGAGCUGGCAAUGGUGGAUGGAGAGUUUUUUGAUGAGGAUUGGAGGACGAGGUUUUCGUUCAAAAGAAAUGCUAGAAAAUAUGAGGGGAGAAAGUCAGAGAUAAUGAUAGGUAAUACAGGGCGUGAAGGCUCAGUCAUAAAAUUCAUUAUGAUAGGCUCUCCAAAACAAGAUUCUCGACCGGAAACCGAAACACUGAUGACGGCACUAACCACCCUUAUUUCCACCGAGAAGGUGAACGAGAUACUCAAAGCCUAUAAUCUCCUUCCCAAUCCCUUCCACAAAACCUCAUCCGAAACCGAGCAAACAAAAUUCGCAGAGCAAGUCCUAACAAUCAUCGAAGAUCUCAUCUUCUACAAGGGUACGGCAGAAUUUGUCGCUUUGGCACAAAAAUCUCGUCCAGAAUUGAGAAUCGGACAGUACAUUUUUAAACAGAAAAAUCCAUUUUCGACAGCGGGGAUUUUUAAGGGGGUUGAGGUACAUGCAUUGGACUUGGUAUAUUUGCAUGGCUCCGGGGAUAUUUUUGGGGAAAUUGAUAGGAUGGUGGAUCUUGGUGUUGAGGAUAAGGAGCGGGAGUUAAGAAUGAUGCAAGAAAUGCAGAAAGCUUGGAUACGUUUUGCUUAUGGGGAGGAUGAUGGAGUGGAUGGGGUAGGUGCUGUGAAAGUUUUCGGACCGGAUGGCAAGGUUGGGGGAAUAGGAAUAGAGGAGCUUAUGGAGGAAAGAGGAUAUGAGAGAUGGAAGGUUUUUGAUGGUUUGAGUAAUAGGGAGAUGGAAGGGGUGGCGGGGGUGCUGUUGCAGGUCUAUGGAGGGCUAGUUGGAGAGGGGUAGGCUUGAUCUGGAGUAAUCGUUUCUAGUUUUCUUUAGCCCGCAUGAUGUCCUUCCGGAAUCCUCUUGGGUACAACCCGCAGAACUUGUGAGUAUUAUUCUCAUCUAAAGACUUCUUCACUCUUCAAUUUAGUAUGAAAUGUGCUUUUACACAACUAUCCUCCAAAACUUCAUGCAGUCUGGGGAAGAACCACGUCUAAUUUUGUAUCCUAGCUAUAAUUCAACAUAAUAUACUAACGCCAAUACUCCGGAAUAGGCAGAGAAGAGACAAAUUUAUGUAUAAUAAUUGAAUUUACCUCUUUCAUGACUUUGGUCAUAUUUUUAAGUGAUAAUUAUGGAAGAGCACAAGAUUGACGACAGACAUAAUUCUAACUUCGUUAACUAGACAGAUGCCCCUUUCA